CUCAUCAGGAGCCUGAUCCAGCUCCUCCUGCAGCACAGUGUCACUGUUGCUGCUUCCACCAGUCUGUGGUUAAAAACUGAUCCAGGUUUUACUCUGAGAAACCCGUAUGAGACCUGUAUCCUGGAGCAGGAUUUUCAGUUCUUCAGAUUCAGUUUUAGUAUCGACCUCCUUCACGCAGCAUCUCUGCUCUCCAUCCUCCGUCUCCACCUAUCUCCUCCUCCUCCACCUCUUCCUCCUCGUCCACCGCCUCAGCACCGCCUCAGCGCCGCUCCUUCUGCAGGUGGAUGGAGGCUGGAAGCCCCGGAGACACGAGCCAGGAUGCAGGGGCACGGCUGCUGUCAGACUGCUGAGCACCUCCCUUCACGUCGGGGACCACAUCCUUAAAUGACCCGCGGCUGAGGAAGGGGUGUCCUCAGGAUCAUGGCAUGCAGCCCACACCGGGCAUCCAGCACUGACCAUGGGGCUCCGGUCCAGGACCGUCGCUAGCGGCUCGGAGGAGCAGAAGAAGAGCUCCGGCGCCGCUUCAGGGGACUUAUUGGACCAAGGCACCGGGGGAGCGGACAAGGAUGGCGCCCUGCUGCUGGUGGCUUCGGGUCGGGAUGACUACAAGCGGGGCUCUCAGGGUAUCGGCAUCGGGCUGCUGGCCAAGACCCCCCUGAACUACACCCGGCCUACCAAGAGGAAUAACAUCCGGAAGAGGAGGAUCCAGAACCUGCUGUACGACGCGCUGGAGAGGCCGAGAGGAUGGGCGCUGCUGUACCACGCGUUCGUGUGA